UAUCCACAUCCAUUCUUCCUUUCUCAUUCUCUUCUCUUCCUACCUCGGCCUGCUCGACUGUCGCCAUGGCCCCCUUUCCAUCCCCUGCCAAGCCACGUCCCAUCUCAAGACACCGCUCAGCAGAGCCCCUGCCGCCACCAUUACCACCAAAGGCUAUCGACCUCAACAGCUCAACACGGUCAACAGACAAGGAAACCGGCAACAAAGUCACACGAAGGGCAUUUCUGUGUGAUGUUGUGGUGGAGAAACAAGGAGAAGAAACCGCCAACCUCCUUUCUCAUCUCGGAGAGCCUUUGCAGCCGCUUUCAACAUUACCAGCACCCGAUUCAUUAUCAAAGACCUCUCCACAAACACCCUCACGGCUUUCACAACCUCCAGAUGCCGAUGAUGAAGAGCGGGAAGAUGCAGUGCCGGCGUGGACGGCGGCCAAGCGACACGAGAUGGAGAAACGAUUGGAGAACCUGAUUGACGAGCUGGUACGGACGGAAAAGAGUUAUUACUCGAGAAUACACGCUCUCAAGACUGCUUAUGCCGACAGACUACGCUUGUACUCGAAGGACCCCAAUCAAGCACUUAUUCCGCCAUACGAGGCAAAGGCGAUGUUUGCUAAUAUCGAGGCAAUCGUCCCUGCUUGUCAUUCUUUUUACACCGAUCUGUGUGAGAUGCUGGCGGCUGGACGCGCGGAAGACACUGUCGGAGACGUGUGUUUGAAACACUUCAAAACUUUGCGAACCUUUGAUCCUUAUAGGACAUAUCUGAGCAAACAGGACGAAUCUCAGAAGCUCUUCCAAGAGUCAUUGAAGAAGUUCUCUGGAUUCGCUAGUUUUAUCGAGAGUACCAAAUACCAGACCACAGGCAUUGGAAACAUCGGCCUGAGAGAGCUUCUGAUGGAACCUGUUCAACGUAUACCCCGGUAUACCCUCCUGUGGCAAACUAUGAUCAAGUGUAUGUCUCCAUUGUCCACUCAACGGGCCAAGCUCCUUGAGGCGAUUGCGAUUGCUUCACGAAUCGCUCGAUGCGAACCGGAUCCUCAAACUGUUCGGGCUACUGUCAUGUACAAUCUGGAGAGGAACAUUGACGACUUCCCGGCCAAGCUGUUCAGCAACAAUCGAGACUAUAUCGACGCCAUCGAUGUUGAGGACAAUCCAGCUGAAUACCCGACAAUGCAAUCACCCAAUGGACGGCCACUGUCGACAAUGUCUCGUGGCUCCAUGUCGACUGCCUCCACUCCUUCUAUGCCGGGAUUCGGCUCUCUGCCGAACAGCUCACAAAUCCCCCAAUCACCCCAAUUCAGCAACUCCGCCACGCCUCCUCUACACUGCACCCUGUUCUUGUUUGAUGACAAGCUUAUGAUUGUCAAACGACAAUCGUCAUCGAUAAGCGGAAGAAAGGUCACAGGGACGGACGACGUGCAGAGGCUCGUCAAGUCUGGAGGUGGAAUCGCAGUCAAAGAGAAGAACAAUGGGAAGAGAGACAAGCUGAGCUUCAAGGGAGAGGUGGACGUGCUGGAUGUGAUGGCGUCGGAUGUCGGCAACGGUGAUUUCCACCUCUUUUUUGAACACCCACCGGUCGACCAAACUGGCCGCUGGUCCGGCCGCGCUUUCCGCUCCUACUCUACCGUACACCCACCCUACUCCGUCUCCCUUGAUCCCAUUGCUACGAAGCGAGACAAGAUGCGGUUCAUCCACAACCUCUGGGCUGCUCAAGCUCUCGCGCGAGCCAAAAUCCUGCCUUCCACCGAGAACAAGGCGGUGCCCAAGGUCUUGCAGAGUGAACAAGAAGUAGAUUUUGAGGGUGCACAGCUGGAGCGGGCGAGAUGCUUCUGGGACGUCUGGGAUAGGUCUACAUGGGGAGGACAACGCUUGGCGAAGGUGGUUGUCCAUGUCGAUGAAGAUGGGGAGGCUCCGGAGCUUCUUCUCGAUCCGCGCCGACAAGAGCUCUCGUUCUACCUGCAACCCAUGGCCGGGGGCCUUUGUCGAUAUGCGUCUUCUGUCCCAGGUGAAGAAGAGGGAGAGAGGGCGGUCAUCGAAAUGAGCGAAGUGAGAGCAAAGAUUGCUUCUACGAUUCAUGAGCACGGGAUUUUCAAGUUCCGAACCGGCACAACGUCCUGUCCCACCACUCCCUCCACGGGUACCCACCGAUACCGACCAUCGAUGCUCAACCUUGACACGAUCUCCCGUAAUCUGUUCGGCGCGAGCAGCGUCUCUGGCCGAAGCGGUACCAGCUCCGACAUGUUUAGCACUUCUAGCUCGAAGCGAAACUCCCGACCCGCCAUGAGCCGGUCAUCAACAUUGGAGACGAGUUUGUGUUCGAUGGAAGGGCCCGAGGAAAAGGAGAAGGAGAAAGAGCCGAGCAAGAAGCGAUUCUCAAAGUUGACGGUUUCACCGGAAUCGAACGGGUUGAUUGCGGGGGCACCAUAUCCCUCUGGCGUAGAAAAGAUUGGGCAGAGCGAAAAAGACUUGAACUCGAGAUUGGAUGUAGCAAGGCAGAACAGCCAAUCUGCUUCUCUCAGCCCACGACCCAGCAGCAACUCCAUGAAAACGACCAAGCUGGGGUCCAAGAGUGUGGCAGAGCUGCGCAGAAGCCACGAAGAGUUGGCGGAAAAGCCGUUGGCUAGAGCCAACACGAGUAGGACACCUUCCCCUUUGCCACAUCUCUCGCCGACACCUGCAACUGGUCGAACACCGUCUCCUCGCCGGCCCUUGUCAUCCGAGGCGGACGCCACUCCUCAAGCUCGACCACUGCCCGCGCCCAAACCCUCGAUGGCGGUGAAUACUGCUCCGCUCGUCAUUCGAAAGACACCCAGUCGUACGCAGACUCUACGAUCAGAGGGAUCGAUUGCUUCCCCGCAUAGAGUCCCCAGUCCCGCUCCUAACGGGGCGACGUUGAGCUCACAGCCUUCACUCUCACGACCUUCUGGACCUAGGGGCCCUGCACCAAGGAGCCCUCAGCCCCACCCCCCUCCUCUGGCGACAGCAUCCAGUGCUAGCUCGAGUGUUAGUACUGGGUCGACACCUUCUGCUAUCGGGUCAGGUCACACUCGCCUCCGUAUUGUCUCGGGCAAUGGCCGUCGUAUCUCCCUGAACCGCGAGACCAUCCCUCUCAAGGGCGACGAAGAGAAUUCAUCGCCAGCUACCAACACUCCCACCUCUCACAACCUUCCCCUUGCUAUCAAACGCCAGCACUCUGCCGACUGCCUUUCUCCGCGUAAACGUUCUCCCUCUCUCAACAAGAGUCCUCUUCUGGAAACGCCUUUGCAGCCCCUGGUCACGAGACGGGCGAGCGCGCAAAGGUCGGGGGCGAGUACGCCCAGACGGACCAGUGGCUUGGCGAACUCGAGGACAGUAUCAGCUUCUCAACACUCAAUCACGAGCGUGGCCAGUGCCGACACUGUCAAUACUGUCGCGACCACGAGCGCAGAGGAUGUUGAGAUGAAGGAGCAUGAAGAUGUGGUUAGCGCGGUUGACGCGACUUUGAAGAAGAUUCAUGACGCCAGGGGCUCUACGAAACGGCUGAAAUCUGAAAUGUCGAGCUUGAGGAAGCAGAUGGUCAAGGACACUGUCAAGUCCAAGGAGUCACUCUCGGUCAAGAUGGACAGACAAGGUUCGCUCCCAAGAUCACCCCACAAACGGAAUAUGAGCCGCAUUGCCGACCAUGACAUCAACGACCCCUCUCUUCAUUGCCAGCCCUCCCAGUCCAAGAGAGACAUGGACACCAUCGUCAUGGACGAGUGUGCUCGCGGUAUCGUACAGAUCGUGCAGAGGGUGGACGGACACUUGAGGCAAGCGGAGGCCGACGCGGGGCAGGCUGCGCAGUUGGCCAGGAAGGUCAUGGGGGAGAACGACGAGAAAACGCGGGAGAUUUUGUCGAUGAGCAACCAGCUGCACAGGUCUAGAGAGCACAAUGAGCUGUUACAACGCCAAUUAGGGGAUUCGCAGAUUGAACUUGAUGUUGUCUACGAAGCGUUCAACACUGAACUGGACGGCAUGUUCAACGAUGCUCAGCUUCCAGAAACCGAAGCUUUCCAGGCUCUGCGAAACGACCUCCAAGUGACCAAGGCGAACAGGAAUGUGCUGCAGUUGGAGAACCAGAAACUGAAGCGGGAGUUGGAGGAGGCAAAUCUGAAGAGGGAGCAGUGGGCGAGAAUCUUGCGGACCCAGGGUUUCAACGUGUAACAUGUGGUAUUCUCUUGUCAAAAUGGACACUUUCAUCUGUAUACAGUACGAGUGCUUGUUCAAAAUGGGUGUCUGUGAACCCCAACUUCCGCAUACAUGAACGCAUUUCUAGAGGUUAUGACACGCAUAUCUGUUGACAGAAUGGCGUGACAUGCAUGUAAGAUACACAAGACGAGUCAUUGAUCCGAUCUUUCAG